UGCGCCAAUGACCAUGUCUCAAGAUUAGCAGGUAUCCUGUACUACGAUUACUUCCUCACUCUCAAGAACGAGAUUGCUCUCGUGUGGCAUUCCCCCCGCAGCUUUUCCAAGAUAUUCUUUUUGAUAAUUCGAUAUGGGUUCCUGCUCGACACCACACUC